UGUAAGAGUUCUUUUCCGUCCUAUUUGCCGUGCUGGCUCUGAGCGCCCUCACUCACUGAGAUCUACGGCCUGAGAGUCACCCGAAGCUCCAGCAGCAAUGAUGGCGUAUCAGGCAGAGGUGAUCAGCACUCAGCCGCAGGUGACAAUCACCAAUUACACCGUCACCACCGGCUCCUCUGACUGGAGCUCCAACCUUUGUGAUUGCUGUGACGACUGCGGCAUCUGUCUCUGUGGGACGUUUCUUCCGUGUUGCCUGGGUUGUAAUGUUGCACAGGAUCAUGGUGAGUCCUGCUGCCUGUCAUUCCUGCCUGGAGCUCUGGUUGCUCUGAGAACCAGCAUGCGGGACAGAUAUCUCAUCAAUGGCUCUAUCUGUGAUGACUGGAUUGUUAUGAGCUGCUGUGCGCCUUGUGGACUCUGCCAGAUGGCUCGAGAGCAGAAGAUGAGGAGCUAAUGGGUCAAAAGUACAGAGGAAGGACAACUGAUGGCUGCACAAUGAAGACAAGGACUCUAUAUGUUGAUUAAUGGAUGGAUAAUAAUUGGUCACCGACAUACUUUAUUAAUGCAGUAUUGAUGAUAUUGGUGUUGCAGUCACCGAGAACACUGUAAGGCUGGACUUGCAUGGUGAAACUUUCACACAACUAGUUGUGCGAUGUGAACUGCAGGAAACAUAAUGCUUGUGUUACUUCACAGAUGAAACCAUUCAAGCAGCACACCCACCUAUUGCACUAGGCAGCAACAUUAGCAGGUAGUAUUUUUCAUAUAUUGUAUUGCUAGGCCUUCGGUAUGGGCUAUAAAUGUCAACAGUUGGUCAAAAAAUGAAAAGACCUUUAUGCUAAAGCUUAUUUCUCGCAGCCCUAAGGGAUUUCUAACACUAAAGCUAACACUUUGGCUAAGCUAAUGAUUUUGGCCAUUCUAUACACUUUUUUUAGAAGUUGCCAAGACACAUUUGAGCUUGUAUGUAUCAGUUGUACAGUGACUCUUUCAGGCAUAGAGCUGCCGCCACUGUUUUCAAUUCCUAACAACUAACCCUGGUUACACCUGGUUAGACUAAGGCUCAUAUUCACAGCCUGUUACAUAUCUUGAACACCUGGAAGGUCUACAGCUGGCGUUCUCAAUCUUGUGGCCCACAAACAAGUGAACGAAAUGUUGCAUAGAAAACAUAAACAUAACUAGCUAGCAUAUUGGCAGACCAAUCGACUAGCUCUAACAAUAUAGAAAUAUUUUUAUUUCCGCAAAUAAUUAUAACAAUAUUAUCAUGUUUAGUGUCUAUAUUGUAAUGAAUCUUUGUGGCUUGACCAAAAAGGCAACCCUGCUUGUGACAUCCCGUAUUAAUAAAAUAAUGCAUGGUCAUGACUUCGUAAGGCGUGGGGAUGAAAUCCUAAUGCAUAGCCAUCACUUGUUCCUACACCUUACUAAGUCGUGGUCACGCUUUAGGAUCUUGUUCCCAUGCAUUAUUUUUAUUUAAAUGGGAUGUCACCAGCAGCACUCCCCCCCAAGAGUGACAUUUUUCUCAUAAAUGCAGUCCCACUUUAUGCUCCCAGUAAAUAUGCAACAUUAUUUCAGCUAAAAUGCUACAUUAUGUAUCUCCAUUUUGAUUGGUUGCUUCAUAAAAGCUGUUUCAAGGUUCAAAUUCUGCAGUUAAAAAAUAAUCUACAUUUAGCUCCGUAAAAGCUAUAAUGUUGUGUGAAAAUCUCACCAUGUAAAGCAGCAGAAAGAACGAAAUUGCAAGUCUUUUUUGUCACUUGCAAUCGUACAAUUUAGAGCACUUAUUAUUCAUGUAUUAUUAGUAUUGUGUUAUUAUUAUGAAUGUAUUAAGUGUCAAACGAUGCACAUUUAGCCAUUUAAAUCGCAAUAAAAUGUUUGUUUGAGCAUGCUCUGUGUGUGAGUCU